AUGUCGAGAUACAAAUGGAGUGACCUGUUAGACAUUAACUCGAAAACCAAAGCUUAUGACUCUCCGCUAUCAUGUAUAGCACAUAUCGACAUCAAUGCCUUCUUCGCCCAGGUCGAACAGAUAAGAUGCCACUACAGUGUCGAGGAUCCAGUUGUAUGUGUGCAAUGGAACUCCAUAAUAGCCGUUUCUUACGCUGCUCGUAAAUAUGGCAUCACUCGAAUGGACUCAGUCUUUGACGCCAUGAAAAAAUGCGAGAAUCUGGUUCCGGUUCACACAGCUGUGUUUCGUAAGGGAGAGGAUUUUUGGCAGUAUCGUGAUGAUUGCGGAUCGUGGUAUACCGAAGAAGAUAAGAGACUGGGUCCCGAGAACUUCAAGGUUUCAUUGGACCCUUAUCGCAGGGAAAGCCGCAAAGUGGCAAAAAUCUUUCAUAAAUGGUGCGACCUGGUCGAAAAGGGUAGUGUUGAUGAGGUAUUCUUAGAUAUGGGACGCAUAGUAUUUUCUUCGUUACUUUUGGAUGACGAAUUUCAAGAUUUUGUCGGGAUUAGAAACCAAUUCAAAAACGGUGAAUAUGAUUUGGACGAUUAUCUGCCGCCAUUACCUAGAAACCUGAAUAUCGCGUUUAAAGACGGGGAAGACUACAAUCCCGAGCAACGCCCUGUUUUCGAAGACUGGGACGAUGUCAUUUUUUGUCUAGCGUCCAUCACUACAUUCAAAAUUCGCAAAGAUAUCAGCGAUGUCCUGGGUUACACAACUUCGUGUGGUGUUGCGCGAACUAAGACGAUGGCCAAACUGGGAUCAAAUUUCAGAAAACCUGACGCCCAGACAGUUAUCCGGAACACAAACAUUGCAAGCUUCUUGGACUGUGAAAGCUCGGAGUUAACGUCAUUUUGGAGCAUGGGUGGGAUGAUAGGAAAAGAGCUCACAGCUCUUCUGGAGCUGCCGUCUGAACAACCGCUUCGCCAUAUCAGAGAAUGUUGGCCGGUCUCGAGCGACGAAUUGACUGCAUUUAUCAAAGAGAAAAUACAACUAAAGACUGAUGCAAACGAGAGGUUCUACAAUCUGCCAUCCGAGAACCUCCAACAGUUAAGCCAAAAAGUUUUUCAAUUGGCGCGGGGGGAUUUUAGAACACCUCUGAAUCCUCGUCCCAUGAUCAAAUCAAUGAUGUCUAACAAGAAUCUACGCGGCGAUUCUUGCAAACACUACCAGGACUGCUUGGCCUGGCUCGAAGUCUUUAGUGGUGAACUGACAACUCGAGUCAAAGAAUUGGAACAAGAGUAUGAACGCAUUUUUGUGCCCAAAACCAUGACAAUUUCUACCAGAACGUCUGACUUUCAGAAACAUAGUAGAAGUUCAGGUAUCAUAACUGCUGGUGUGGCCAAGGCUAAAGACUUUAUGGAGCUGGGUACAAAACUUAUCAAAGAUUUAGACGUCAAGUAUGGAAACACUAAGGGUUUUUAUCCUUUAACCAACAUCAAUAUGGUGAUAUCCAAUUUUGAGAUCCUGGAGACUGGGAAAACAAUCGUUGAUAUGUUUGGGAAACAAGCGCAAGUGACUCGCCGUACUCGCGAUGAUUUUUUGGAAGCAAAGGAUGAUGGUCUCGAGCCAUUCGGCGAGAGUGUCAAGAAAGAGCUGCGAUGUGGACUUUGCAAAUUAGACUUUGAAGACGAAUCGGCCUUCAAAGAGCACAGCGAUUUUCAUUUCGCUAUGAAACUAUCUGAAAACUUAAAUGGCGUCAAUGAGGAUUCGCAAAAUCUAUCUUAUGGCGAGCGGAAAUUAUUAUUUACAAACGGGAAACGGACAAUCCCUGCGCCAAAGCAAGGCAGAAGCAAAAAGCGGCAAUCGGCCGGGUCGACUGGCAGUAUUUAUAAAUAUUUUAACAAAUAA